AUGGAUCACUCGGAGCGAUGGCAAAGCAUUGCACCAGCCUCAGAUGAGCCGGGGCAGCGACGCGCAGCCUCAGACCGGCGGAAGAAGCGACAGGCUGUUGCCGUGGCGUGCGUGCAGUGCCGAAAUGGGAAGGCCAAGGAGAACGACCUAUCAUGUCAAUACGACGUCGCCGAAGGUGUCUCGCGAGCCGAGCGGAUGAAGAUUAUGAAGAGAGACAGCAUGACUGGCGAGCUGGAUGACCUGAAGCGCAUUGUUACCUCGCUACGCUCCGGGACCGACGACCAGGCCGCCGCUGUCCUCGCUCGAUUAAGGCUCGGUGAAGCACCUGAAGAGGUCGCAAAGACCCUCCCAAUGACAGUAUCCCCGGCGGUAUCCGGCCAACCCCCCAGCUUACUGGCUCAGGAGUCCACGGACACCUCUGGAAGCGGUAUGAGCCACGAAUCGGCAUUUGACACGAGUAAAAGCGCCUCACAGUUUCGAAAAGGCUCCAAUAUCUCCAUGGCAUCACCCACCAGCCAGAACAGAGGCUGGUCACCUUCAGCACCUUCAUCAACGUUUGCGUCGGGUAAGGGAAAACAAGCAGCAACGGCAGAUGGAGCGAACGAGCAUCCCUUCCUAGUUCCGCUGUUUGAUCGAGAGGACUAUCUCCUAACAAGGGACGAGGCUGGGGAAGAGAGUGAAGAGGAAGAUAGGCUUCAGGAAAGCCAGAUUGACCCACGACUUUUGCAGCAAGGAACGAGCUUCGACGGAGUCGGGAACGCCGCACCAUCAUCGAAACCAUCUCGGAGCCAACGGCCCUCACCACACAGACAAAACACGAUACGCUCGGCAUACCCUACGCAUCUCACUGGUCGACAACCCAUCGUGAACACCAUCAGGAUACACCCAAAUCUCAACCUCCGCAACCUCUUCGGCAACAUGCCAUUCUCCAGUAGCAUCCGAAGUAACCACUAUCCGGGCGACAUUCAAGAGACGCAAAUCACCAACCUGUUCCUACCCACAUGGUCCAUGCUACCCAUCAACACAAUACCUGACCCCGGGUCAUUAAAACGCGCAUUCCCUGGUAUCUACGAACAAGCAACAACACUCAUGAACAUGGGCAUACCCGCCGACCAAAUCAUCGAAACCCACCCCAACAUCGCCGCACUCUGGGACGAAGACGUAUAUAACAACUCCGGCAUACUCACCAAAUGGGCAGUCGGCAUGGUGCACGGCGUAUACAUGAAGG